AUGGCCGUGCAAGGUAACAGAGGUAUUGGGUCACCUGGGCUCAAAAGGUUGGCUGCUAUUGCUGGAGCAGCGCUUCAAGCGGUGUCGAAGGCUGGUACUGCGAUCGUGGGCGCCGCGAUUCGAGUAGUGUCUGAUGCGGACGAGAACCUGGCGACCGCCAAGGAAAUAUUCCACAAGGCGAGUAAUAACGCAGUGAAAGGCUUGCUUUCCCAAGUGACGCGGCGCAUCAAGGCGGUUGUUGAUGCGACAGAAGCGCAUGUCAUUCUGACAACGAACGUGGCCUUCGAGGUCAUAAGGUGCACCCUCGUAGCAAUUGGUCAGACCGACCUUGAGCAGUCGCUCCUGAUUUGGAAAGAAAUACUCACCAAUGAAGCCAAUGAAGAGACGAUAGAAUUCGUUCUACAACACAAAUCUGAUUUCGUUUCGUUUCUGAUCGACCAAGUUGAGCCAGCAAAGCUCUAUGCCACGGCACUUUCCAACGAUGGCCGUUCGACUGAUUAA